UCCCUUCCCCCCGCGGCGAGCAAGGCGGCUCCGGCCCGCGCCGCCCGCCCCGCCGCCGCCGCCGGCGAUGUCGAAGAACUCCCGGGCGGUGCUGGCCGUGUCCGCGCUGCUCUCCGUCGCCACCGUGGUGGCCGUACACGUCCAGCAGCGGCGGGAGCGGGAGAGGCUGCACAGCGGAGUUCUCCGAGAUCUUGAGCGUCAACGUCAGAAAAAGGAGAAUAUUCGCCUGCUGGAAGAGCAGAUUGCUUUGACAAAGCAGCUUAUGGAAGAAAGAGAGAAGGCGCGAAUGGAAGAAGGGUCCCAGCAGUCCUAGGCACAGACCUGAGGUUUGAUGAAAGACGUUUGAUGAAAGACAUUUGGAGAUCCUUGCUAUCUAACUACUUGCAAGUGUUUCAGC